AUGACCGACACUGAGCACUGCAGCAGCGAGCGGGUUAGCCAAGCAGCAGCUUCUUACGGGACGACUAAGUGCGCUGAAACCAACCUGCGUCACGGUCGCGGAUCAGGAGAGAGUGACUUGUGUGACGCAUCUAUAUCUGGGGAUGAUCGGGUAGAACUCAGGGCUGUCAGGUGUCAAUCGGGGAACGAUCGAUUGGGUGUCCGGGGUGCAAUAAAGAUAGGGGACAAUACGCUUCGCCGUGCCAGCUAUGAGGCUAUAUUCUCGUUGAGUCGGGCGCUUGGGAAGACUGUCCUGUCGGGUUGGAAAACCAACAUCGGACCGGGAUGUUGUUCCCUCCUUGUCUGA